AACACUCCCAUACAGAUGGAACAGGUGGCGUACCGCAUUCUGGCAAGCCCAGGGUAUGGCACCUUGAUGCCCAUGGAGUUUGACAAGGUGAUACGCUUUCCAGGUGGUCGAGACGAACAGCAGCGGCAGCAAAAUGGAGCGAACGCGUUUGCGAGGACGUCUGUCGAUGGAGCGGUGAAAUCCGCAAUCAGAGCCGGCGGGCGGGGCCUGGUGGCCAGGUGGGCGGGGUCUCGAGCGCGUGGGCGGGGCCUCGCGACCUCAGGGCCUUGUGCCGAGGCCGCAUCUGCGAUGCUGCUGCCGCCCUUCGCCGAGGAAUUCCUUUCCCGGGCCGCGGCCCGCACGCUCUUCUACCCCACGUUGCUCUACACGGUGCUCGCGUGCCACGUGCUGGGCCCGCGCCGCCGCCGCUGGUUCGACCGCGUGGACGCGACCGUGGUGCUGGGCGCGCUGCCCCUACGCGGCAUGACCGAGCAGCUGGUGAAGCAGGAGAACGUACGCGGCGUCAUCACCAUGAACGAGCCGUACGAAACGAGGCUCCUGUGCAACUCGCUCGAGGAGUGGCGAGACGCCGGCGUGGAGCAGCUUACGCUGAGCACCGUGGACUUCACGGGGGUGCCCUCGCCACAGCAGCUGCACGACGGCGUGGCCUUCGCCCUGAAAUACGCGGCGCUCGGCCACUCGGUCUACGUGCACUGCAAGGCCGGGCGGUCGCGCAGCGCCACCAUGGUGGCAGCCUACCUUAUCCAGGUGCAUGGCUGGGAUGUGCAGGAGGCCUGCAACCACCUCCACUCUCUGCGGCAGCACGUUCUCAUCCGGCCAACCCAGCGGGAGGCCCUGGCCCGGUUUGCGGCGGAGGUGCGAGCGGACGACCCUGCCAGUGCUCAGACCACCGGACCCCCUGGCUAGCCGGCAACCUGCUCUGGCCUUCCCCUCCCAUUGGCUGUAUCCUUUGUGGCAUAUUUGCAGAAUACAGGACGCCGCCGUUGACCCUGGCCAUUGACCGAGCAACCCAACGUUCCUACCAGCUCCCUCCGCAGGAAUGUGUUUCCUUGGAAAAGAAGCAGUUUUAAUUGAGAGGAAUGAGGUCGUGCAGCAUUUUAUUUUGGGAAAUUACAGGGAAUGACGUCAUUUCUGAAACUCAUGUGCAGCAUAUCGAAGGACGGUGGUUGCAUGACCCAGUGUUUAGAAACACGACACGGGUAAAAGGUGACAAACCGUGCAGCUGGUGUGAAUUCAGCUCCAUUCCUUUUAAGGUCAUGAUUGAUGCAACAGCAUGAUGCUUGACACGUCUUUGUCCGUGUCAGGAAACUGCACGUGUGAGGCCACCUUGCUGUAUAAAACUGUUAAGAUUCUGUACUGAGUGGGUGGUAAAGUGUUGUUAUUUGUGCUUGUGCACCACUGCUAAUGCGGUGUCACCAAAUACUUUAUCUAAACGAAGGUUUCCGUGAAAUAAAAUGUACAAUUUGUAUCAAGAAAAUAAAUGUAUGAAUAUUUAAAGAUUUAA